AUGUCUAGGUUUGCAACUAUUAAGAGAGACACUAAUGAGACAAAAAUCCAAAUAGCUCUCUCUUUAGAUGGUGGCCAUAUCGCUGUCAACGACGAGCACGCUACGCAGCUGAGUCUGGCACAAGUGAUUCUGGUUCAAACCGGUAUUGGUUUCUUGGACCACAUGUUGCAUGCUUUGGCAAAACACUCUGGCUGGUCUCUCAUCGUGGAGUGUAUUGGUGAUUUGCACAUCGAUGACCACCACACCGCUGAAGAUGUUGGUAUUACCUUAGGUCUCACAUUCCACAAAGCCUUGGGCCAGGUCAAGGAUGAGGCUUUGAGCCGAGCUGUUGUUGACUUGUCAAACAGACCUUAUGCUGUCGUUGAGUUGGGAUUAAAGAGAGAGAAGAUCGGUGACUUGUCUUGCGAGAUGAUCCCCAUGUUCUUGAAAGUUUUGCUCAAGGUGCUGCUAUUACAAUUCACAGCUGAAAGCGCUUUCAAAGCCUUGGCCGUGGCGAUGAAGGAGGCUAUAAGCAAGACUGGUGCAAACGAUGUUCCAAGCACAAAGGGUGUCUUGUUUUAG